UUCCCCUUGUUUUCAUUCCGCAUCUUGAAGCCUGCAAAAUCCAACUGAAAUAUGAAGAAAUAUUGUUAUGGAAUAUGUCUCGUUAUUUCAGUAACAAUCAAUAUAUUACUUAGUAUAUAUAUCUAUGCAGGUGGACAGAAGAAUCAGGAGAUUAGUCACCGAUUGUCGUUGACUUGGACGGAGAAAGCAGCGGCGGAGGCGGAGGCGGUUGCGGCGAUCUCUUGCUCCGGGCAUGGUAGAGCUUUCCUUGAAGGUUUGAUAUAUGACGGUCAACCUGUGUGUGAGUGCUAUGAUUGUUAUGGAGGCCCUGAUUGUUCUGAAUUAUCUCCUGAAUGUGCUGCAGAUGCUGACAGUGGGGAUCCUAUAUUCCUUGAGCCAUUUUGGAUGCAAACUGCAGCCGAUAGUUCAGUCCUCAUACCCGGGUGGCAUCGUAUGAGUUAUCGAUACGAUGACUACACUUUGAUGUCAAGAGAGCUCGAAUAUUACAUUCGCAAGCUACAUUCCAUUGUCGGGAAUGCAAUCACCCAAGGCCGAUACAUGGUCUUUGGUGUCGGGUCAUCCCAACUUCUAACCGCAGCGCUUUAUGCGCUUUCCUCUGAAAACUCUUCUUCACCAUCCAACGUCCUCGCUACCAUACCGUAUUAUCCGAUGUAUAAAGGCCAAACCGUGUUAUUUAACUCCGAGAAUUUUGAGUUUGGAGGAGACACAAACUCAUGGCAAUCGAUUAAUUCAACAAAUAGUAUAGAUGUGGUUGAAUUUGUAACCUCGCCAAACAAUCCAGAUGGGGAGUUGAAGAAAUCGGUUCUUGGAAGGAAGACGAUAUAUGAUCAUGCCUAUUUUUGGCCACAUUUUACACCGAUUCCAGGCCCUUCAGAUCAAGAUCUCAUGAUCUUUACUCUUUCUAAGCUCACUGGUCAUGCCGGUGCACGUUUUGGGUGGGCGAUUAUAAAAGAUAAAGAUGUAUAUGAGAAGUUAUUGAACUAUAUCAUGGUGGCUGAUUUGGGGAUCUCAAAGGACACUCAACUAAGAGUUUUAAAGCUUUUAAAAGUAGCAAUUGAAGAAGAUGGAAAACCGCUUUUUGAAUAUUCUUACAACACAAUGAGGGACCGUUGGGAUAGGUUGACUUCUAUCUUCUCAAAGUCAACAAGAUUUUCAAUCCAGAAAAGGCAUCCAUUUCACUGCAAUUUCUUCAACGAAACUAGGUUACCAUCUCCAGCUUACGCAUGGGUAAAAUGUGAAAGAGAAGAAGAUCAGGAUUGUAGUGCAGUGCUAGAAGCAGGAAAAAUCAAAGGUCGGGGAGGAAGCUCGUUUAGCGCCAAAAAACGUUAUACGCGACUUAGUCUCAUCAAGAGCCAAGAUGACUUUGAAAUGCUAAUGCUACGACUCACUGAGCUAGUGUCUCUUGAAAAUGGUAACAUUGAGACGAUGUGAAAAGCUCAAAUGAAUUAUUGUUUUAGGAAAAAAAAAAUGUUAUACAUCUAUUGGUAUAUAAGUUGGUUGGAACAUUGUGUGUAAAUGUAAUUGAGAAAAAAAGUAUCUUGAUACAUUUGGAUGUGUAUGCAAAAAUAAUAUUUGUUUUUGUUAUAAAAUCAUAGAUAUUAUAUAA